CAAAGAGAGUGGCUCACUGCUUGUCAUAGUAAGGGAAUAGAGGAUUUUUCUUUCAUGUUCAUUCCCCACAGGAAACACAGCAGUGAGCCAGUGUGGAAACAACAGCCUGUACCUGCUCUUUUUGGACGCAUUGACAGCGCCUGGGUGGAGGGAUGUUUGACGCGCUGCAUGAGUGGUUUUGGUGGGACAGAAUAUGGCUGCCUGUGAACCUGACGUGGGCGGACCUUGAAGACAGGGAGGGCCGGGUCUAUGCCAAAGCCUCACAUCUCUAUGUCACUGUCCCCUACGCAAUUGUCUUCCUACUUAUCCGAUACCUGUUUGAAAGGUGGAUAGCAACACCAGUUGCAGUCUCUGCUGGGAUUAAGCACAGAGUUCAUCUGAAAGCAGAGGACAACCCUCUUCUGGAGCUUUACUACAUUACUCAGUGUAGGAAUCCUUCUCAGGCAGACAUUGAUGGGCUGUCUAAGAAAAGCAGUUUGUCAGUGAGACAGGUUGAACGCUGGUUCAGAAGAAGACGUUGUCAGGACCUUCCCGGAGUCCUGAAAAAGUUCAAAGAGGCCAGUUGGAGGUUUUUCUUCUACCUGUCUGCAUUCAUUGGAGGAAUAGUAGCACUGUACGAUAAAGAAUGGUUUUAUGACACUCAGAAAGUAUGGACAGGUUUUCCAAAGCAGUCCAUGCUGACAUCACAGUACUGGUAUUAUAUCUUGGAGAUGAGCUUUUAUGGCUCUCUGCUCUUAAGCGUUGCCUUUGAUGUCAAGAGAAAGGACUUCAAGGAGCAAAUCAUCCACCACUUGGCUACACUGGUCCUCUUAUCAUUUUCGUGGUGUGUCAACUACAUUCGUAUAGGAACACUGGUCAUGAUUGUCCAUGAUGCCUCUGAUGUUUUACUGGAGUCUGCUAAAUUAUUCAACUACGCCAAGUGGGAGAAAACAUGCAAAAGUCUUUUUGUUCUGUUUGCCAUGGUGUUUAUGAUAACACGACUGAUCAUCUUUCCAUUCUGGCUGAUCCACUGUACCUGGGUCUACCCCAUUCACCACUACCCUGCCUUCUUUGGCUACUACUUCUUCAAUGUGAUGCUGGUGAUUCUUCUCUGUCUGCACAUAUUCUGGGCCUAUCUCAUUCUCUGCAUGAUCAGAAAAUUCAUGUUUGGCACCCUCACCAGAGAUGAGAGAAGUGACAAUGAAGAAGAAGAGGAAGAGAGCAGCCUAGCAGAGGACGAAAGUGAGGAAGAGCACAAGCUUGGCAAUGGUUUGGCAGUUGGUGAGGAGGACAAGAACAGCAGCUGCUGCUUAUCUCCACCAGAGAACAUCUGCCAAUCAAAGAGUGUGUGCUGACUCAUGCUCAGUAUGAUCAGUGGAGCCGAAGAUGUGAGAAAUAGGACAAUGGUAAAUACAUGAAAUCUUAUUUGACAGAAAAAUGAGCUAAAUGUGAUUUAUUUCUUCAGAUGCUGGAACACAGUCAUCGCUUUGAACUACACACAUGUACAGUGACAGGGACUUUGAGAUGUUUCUGGCUCUUUCCCUGCUCCUCCCAACAGUGUUGUCAGUAGCAGUGCUUCAUUGCUCUGCAAGUCAAAAGAGACCAGCAAACCAGAUAAGCAAACUAAUCACAAUCCUGACUGUGUGCUCACCAUUUAAUUUGUUCUUUACUGUUUGUGUAGUGCAGAGCUGGUAUGCUAGAGAACAUUCCUUUAGCUGCUUCACCUCACUGUUUCAUCCAUCAAGUCCUGCUGGCUUUUUUAUUUAAAACCUCUGUUGGCUUAUUGAUGGUCACACCUCACCUUCAUGCACAACUGGAACUCUUUGCACAGUAUGGUGUAUAAUGGUCUGUGUUUAAAACUACACUGACCAACCUUUAUUGAAAAAAUAUCACACCUCACUAUUUCAAAGAAACAAAAUGGAGAAACAUUGUAACAUCACAAUGCACACAUUUGUAUGGUGUCUUCUAAUUAUUCCCAUGAAUAAGUGGACAAAUAGGCAAAAUGUGAUACUUUGAUCUAUUAAAACACUGAGUUUGAUUAAACAUUUUCAUCCA